GAGAAGUUCAAAUUCGUUUCGAGUAAUACGAAAGCUUCGCGGAAAACGGAUUUCUUACUUAAUUCUGUCGAUGACACUCGUUAAUUUCCCGUUCCAAGUAAAAAAAAAAAAUCCAAAUCUUGUCGAAUUAAUUUACGAGGACAAAAAUAUACGUAAAUAAUGUAUCGUAACCCUCGAAAUGAGUUUACCAAAUGAUUCGUUGCACAAUUUCACGAUAAUCGUAAUCACCUUCUGCGAACACGCAAAAGUGAAUCGUGGCGAGAUAAAGGGGGAUCGUUAAUCGAACAGUCAAACAUUUUUCUCACGUAGCAGGUGUGCCAAACUGCGAGGCCACGAAUCGACCGUGUUUGAUCAAGAUUGGCACGAGCAAUUGCUCGUUGGUCCACGUAUUCCGUACUCUUCUCGCCCGCGUUCGAAGGACUCGCGAUAGAGAGAAAGAAAAGAAAAGAAAAGGAAAAAUAGACGCGCACUUGAGGAUGCAACGAUGAUAUGUCAGAUGAUUUACCAGGUCAGUUAUCACUUGCCACGAAACGUCAUUGUACGAUUAGCAUGGGCCCGUUUGACGUCAUUAUUUCAUAUAAAUGCUGCAAGGAUGCAUUGUCGGGGCGCAAACUUGUUACGGAGCUGUUUCGAGCUGAUUUGGUGACUUUCUUUUUAUUAUACAAGAAUUGAUAUUGUAUUUUCUUUCUUUCUUUUAUCUUUGUCGAAUCGAGAGAUCAAAGAUUCCAGAAAAAGUGUUGUGAAGCUUAAGAAGAAGCUUAAGUAAAGAUUGGAAGAUCGACUUGGAGGGAAAGCUUCGACUUGUAAGACUUAAAAUGAAGUCGAUCGUAGCUGUUCUCCAUCUUCUGGCUCUUCUUCUUCUUCUUGGCUGCUGCGCCGCAUUUCCGGUCAAACCGGAGGACGCCAGUCCACUCGAUCCAAUUUUUCUCCAAGAUUCUCCAACUAAUCUUGGAAGCAAAGUUGAAGAUGAUCCGUCUCCAGUCGCGUACGUAAUAGUUCUCCUCGGCAAAUUGGACGGAUCGGGGAGAAAAUUCGAUGGGAUCUCGAUCGAGAAACGCGACGUGGAGGAGAACGAGGAUCUCGAGCCGGCAGCUGGUACUUACGCUCUUCGGCCGUUGUUCGUCUAUCGGCAACAAGUGGCGUACAGGCAACGACUCAGGAACAGCCGGCAGGGAAAUGGUUUCUGAAUUUCACGUUAAUCGCUUUCGUCGUUCUUGUAACGUUGACAACUUGAUGCGAUGAUGAAAAGGAAGCAGAUUUGAAAAUUAACGAGAAAGAACGGAUAUUUAUGAAUAAUUAUGAAAAGAAAAGGAAAUGAAUUUGGGAAAGAGAGAUUUUCACAGAAAGGAUUAAUCGAUCUUUGAAAAAUAGAAAUUUGAAAGAUUUAAGAUUUUCGAAGAUGAACUUCGUAUUAUUAUUAUUACUAUUAUUUUAUUAUUAUUAUUACCAAGAAACUUGAUGAAAUUGAUGAAGUAGAUUGGUCUUUAAGAAGACUGAGUCAGUUAACUUGCUAAUGAACAAGUAUAAAUAGAGGAAUUGUUAAUUGGAUCGCAAACAACAAACGUGAUCAACAUCGUCUCUGAUGAGUAUCGUUCCUGCUCAGAAAAUAGAAACGUUUGAUAUUUCUCUAAUGAUUUACGAUCAGAGAUGGGAAAAUAUAAAAUUGUUUUGAGCUAUCUUUUACAAGAUAAAAAUCUUAGUUUAUAAUAUUAAGUAUAAGAUGGUGAAUCUAAUAUCAAAUUAAAUCUUUAGCUUUAAAGAAAAAACUGCCCACCAAAGUAGACGUAAUAAAUAAUAUUAAGUUAAGUGCACUGUUUACAAUAUUAUUAAUAUUUUUGUGAUAUAAUUUUUUUUUUAUAUAUUUCCUUAGUAUUCAAUCAAAUAUCUUGUAAUGAUACUCUAAUACUCAAUAAAUUUCAUUUUUCUUGUGUA